AAGGUACCGACUACUGCACUCAUUCCCACAUUUCCCCACGGUCCAGCAACCUCCAUUCACAUCAGUGGGCAUCUAUCUGUUCCUCCUCCUCCAGGUUGACUUUCUGCCUGUCGUCUGCUUCCUUGGCCAGGCACGCCGACAGCCUGGGUUCCACGAUACCUAGCCUGACGAUCCGAUCCGGCUCCGCACUGCAGCACCGCACCGUCCGCCCGCCCACACGUACUUGCGACCUGCAUCCUGCCCUGGUUGCUUCGCUGCGAACGCCCAUCUUCCCACUCUUCCACCACCGACUGUGACUGCUGUUUGAGAGUUGAGACGAACACGGUCCCUGGCUUCUUUGGUUUUGGUUCUAUAGCAUCCCCGACCAAGCUAGUCUACCCAGCUUACCUCUACCACGCUUCCCUCAGCUCUCUGUUUUUUGCGUCUCCAUGAACUCGUCGCUGGCCUAGCAUUGGACUACCAACUGCCGACCAGCGACUGCCACAUUUGUCUUCAUCAACGACAUCCGCCCCGAUCGACUGCUAUACUCUAGGGCUUGUCCGUCUAGUCUAAGCGCUCGACCGACUACCAACCGCCACAGCGCGACUAAUCAUGAACCCCCCUACCGCCUUCUACCAGGAACCCUCCAACCAGCCCGAGGGAUCCCCAGCUCAAUUCCCCAUCGCCGACCCCAACACCAUGGAGCAAGAUCAUGCUGCCGCUCACCCUUACUCAGACUCUGCUCUGACUCCCACCCCUACCUACAACCAAGCCCCAGUCGAGCUGCAGGAUGACUCUAUGGCCGGAAUGGAGGACACAGUUCAGCCUACAAACGACUAUGGCGCCUCAGAUCUCAAUGGCUUCCACGAUCGACACCAUGCUCAGUCAUCCUCUGGCGAACAACAUGGUCUCGGAAUUGCCAACUCGCCCCAUGUGAAUGACAACACCGAUCCCGACUCGACCGCUCGGUACGGAAACCAGCCAUUGCAGCAACCUUCCCUUUCUCGACCCCCAUCCGGCCUCUCGGGACAAGCGCCAACUGCCAGCAGCAGCAAUGGACAAGGGGUGGCCGGUGAUGUGCAGAAUAAUGGCCGCAACCACGUGGUCAUCAAGGUUGGCAUGGUUGGCGAUGCCCAGAUUGGCAAGACAAGUCUCAUGGUCAAAUACGUCGAGGGGUCCUGGGACGAGGACUACAUCCAGACUCUGGGUGUCAACUUUAUGGAAAAGACAAUCAGCAUCCGAAACACCGAGAUUACCUUCAGCAUCUGGGAUUUGGGUGGUCAGCGCGAAUUUGUCAACAUGCUGCCACUGGUGUGCAAUGAUGCCGUGGCCAUCCUGUUCAUGUUUGAUUUGACUCGCAAGAGCACGUUGAACAGCAUCAAGGAGUGGUAUCGCCAGGGACGCGGCUUCAACAAGACGGCCAUCCCUGUUCUCGUGGGCACAAAGUACGACCACUUUGUGAACUUGUCACGCGAGGAGCAGGAGGAGAUAUCGACUCAGGCCCGUCGUUUUGCAAAGGCCAUGCGUGCUGCAUUGAUCUUUAGCAGCACAAGUCACAGUAUCAACGUUCAAAAGAUCUUCAAGAUUGUGCUCUCCAAAGCUUUUGAUCUGAAGUGCACCAUUCCUGAGAUCAGCAAUGUCGGGGAGCCAUUGCUGCUCUACCAGUCCGUCUAA